GUUCAAGCUUGUUGGUCCUCAAGCAGACAUAUUAGUGUCGGAACUUGGCUCCAUCGUUCGGGAAAAUGGGAUGGUUUUUAUAUCUGAUGAUAAGCUUGACAAAGCGUUUGCAGCGGGAAAACUUCCAGCAUAUCUAGACAUUGCUCUGGACGAGGGCAACGCCAUGGUUGUGCAGAGCCACCUCCACAGCCCGACAGAGGUGGGGAAGCACGAUAGCACCUGGGGCCAGCAUACAGGACUCUACGAUGGCUCGGGCUACGGAGCGGGAUCCAGCUUACAGCCUAUGACGGGUGUGACUGAGAUGGCAGACGUGUCUUCCACAAGCAUCCCUGGAGCAUUCUCAGACCAUGAGAAUGAAGCUCCCACAAUCAUUCGCAGGCUGUGGGAGAAAACCUAUCGUCACGGUCUUGAUACAGACUUUCUUGGACAGGCUAUCGUGGGUGACGCAGCAAUCUCCGAGGCGCAUGAGCAACCCGAAAGCCAUUUCAAGGACUACAAGCCUGUCCAGGGUAUGCUCAAUCCUCGUGGCAAUGCAUAGAUCACCAAGUACGCGGGUCAAUAUGCAAGGUCGGUCAGGAUCGCUGGGUCGGGCCGUAAAAAGUGUGAGGAUGACAGAACAGGAAGGAUACA